UUUAGGAAAGGAAUCAUGACGGUUGUACCUACAUCAUUGGGUGUAGCAGUCCCACCCCGAGUGUCUCCAAUUAUUGAGGUGGAGGAGGACAACGAAGACCCAAUUCCAGUUCCGACUCCAGGACGAGUAUUUAAUGUCAACAACAGCAACAACAAUGAGGAGGAAGAGAAGAAAAAGAAAAAAGAGAAAAAAGAAAAGAAGGAGAAAAAGGAAAAGAAAGAGAAGAAAGAAAAGAAGGAGAAGAAUCAAAAGGACGAGAAGGAAAAAGAUAAUGAGAAAGAAAAGGAAAAAGAAAAGGAAAAGGAGAAGGAAAAAGAGAAGGAAAAAGAAAAAGAAAAGGAGAAAGAAAAGGAAAAGGAAAAAAAGGAGGGGCCCAGGGAGGUGUUUGUGAUUAACCCUGCGGGACUUCUGUACUAUCAGUGGCUGCUUAUAAUCACAUUCCCUGUCAUGUACAAUUGGACAGUUAUAAUUGCACGAGCCUGUUUUGAGGAGCUUCAGCAUGAAUAUCUACUGACGUGGUUCCUCCUGGACUACACCUCUGACCUGCUUUAUUUGGCUGAUAUGGCAUUCAGAGCACGAACAGGUUACCUGGAACAGGGCCUGCUUGUCAAAGAUGAGAAGCUCCUCCGCAAGCGGUACACCGACAGUCUCCAGUUCCGCCUCGAUGUCAUCUCUAUGCUACCCACAGACAUCUUUUACUUUGUUUUAGGGUUAGACUACCCAGAGAUCCGCAUAAACAAGCUACUCCGGCUGAACCGCAUGUUUGAGUUCUUCAAAAUCUCUGAAACCAUGACCAACUACCCCAACAUCUUCCGAAUCUGCACUCUGGUCAUGUACAUCAUCAUCAUCAUCCACUGGAACGCCUGCCUCUACUUCUCCUUCUCCAAGUCUAUUGGAUUUGGGUCGGAUGCAUGGGUGUAUCCUGCUCUCACCGAGCCUGAGUUUGGAGAGCUCAUGCGGAAAUAUUCCUUCAGCCUCUACUGGUCCACACUUACUCUCACCACCAUUGGAGAAACGCCAUCUCCAGAGCUUGACUCUGAGUUCUUCUUCCAUGUAGUUGACUUUCUGGUUGGCGUCUUGAUCUUUGCCACCAUUGUAGGUAACAUUGCAACAAUGAUCUCAAAUAUGAACGCAGCCCAGGCUCAGUUCCAGGCUCGGAUUGAUAAUAUUAAGCAGUACAUGCAUGCACGGCAUGUCAGCAAGGAGCUUGAGGACCGGGUCAUCAAGUGGUUUGACUACUUGUGGACUAACAAGAAAGCGCAAGAUGAACGAGAAGUACUGAGGUACUUGCCAGACAAGUUACGAGCGGAGAUUGGCAUGAACGUACACUUAGAUACACUCAAGAAAGUGCGUAUUUUUGCAGACUGUGAGGCCGGGUUGCUGAUUGAGUUGGUGUUGAAGCUUCGCCCUCAAGUCUUCAGCCCUGGUGACUACAUCUGUCGUAAAGGUGACAUCGGUCGUGAGAUGUACAUCAUAAAGGAUGGUAAACUUGCUGUGGUGGCGGAUGACGGUGUGACUCAGUUUGUUGUUCUUGGCGAUGGAAGCUACUUUGGAGAAAUUAGUAUUCUAAACAUCAAGGGCAGCAAAGCAGGAAAUAGACGGACAGCUAAUAUCCGAAGCAUUGGCUACUCAGACCUCUUCUGCCUGUCCAAAGACGAUCUGAUGGAGGCUUUGACAGAAUAUCCGGAUGCCAAGGCUAUGCUGGAGGAGAAAGGGAGGCAGAUUCUGUUGAAGGAUGGUCUGCUGGAGCUGGACCCCUCUAAGCUGAAGCCGGAUGAGAGGGAUUUGGAAGACCGCGUCAACCGGAUGUACAGCACACUACAGCUCAUGCAGACCAAGGUGAACAAGCUGUUGGCACAACAAGAGGAGACACGGAAGAGUAUCAGACGCCGAAUUGUUGAGAUUGAACGCUUUGUUGGGGAGGCGGUGGAGGAUGAAGAGGAGGAGGAGGAGGAGGAGGAGAAGGAAGAAACUGAGAGAGAAAAGAAAGAGGAAGAGCCAGAGAAGAAGUUAGAGGAAGAGGCAGAGAAAGAGAAAUUAGAGGAAGACAAGGUAAAGGAGAAAGAGAAAGAGGAGGAAAAGACAGAGGAAGUGACCGGCGAGGAAAAGAAACACGACGAACCAUAGAAAAGACCUUACGAGACUGUGAUUAAACAGAGAAGGUCGCUGGAUUUA